AAAGGGUUAAAGGUUUUACUUUUACUUUUGUUUUGGGUACGCUUUCUAUACUUGGAACAAAUGUGUUUUUCUGCUCAAAAUACUUUCAAAUUGUUGAAAGUUUUCAUUCCAAAUCCUAGAUUUUUAGGAUUGUUACCCUUGAGAAACUGUUUCUCACACUAGAGCUCCCCCUGUAGUACUCUAAAUAUAGCUUAGUAAAGGCACCUACUUUGCUCUAAGCAUACUUAAAGUUAAAACAAAAGUAUGUAUACAAAGAUUUUGAUAUUUUUAAUAGUUGGAGUCUGUUUUGCUAAUUUUAGUGUGCAAGUCAGCACAAGGGGCAUAGUGAGCCUGAUGGAAGCUUUCCUCAGGUGAGUGAGUUUCACAAUCAGAAUUAGGUGCCUGUUUCUUAAAAUUAGAUUCUGCUGCAGGUUUACAUACUAGACUUUCAGCCUGCAUGAAUUAGUAGGGAUAUUCUUUUUUUACUUGCAUAAUUGUAAUUGAUUUAAACAUGUAUGCCAGAAUUCACAGGCCCAUACUAACUGUCCUUAAUUUCUUUCCUACAGCAGUACUGCUAUAUGCCAGUCCUGUCUGCAUUCUUAAGGGUGCAGUUCAACACAUCCUCUCUAGAUUAUGGUGAAAAAGUAUUCCAAAGGAAGUCUUAUCAGAGCUAGUGUCAGAAAGAAUGACACUACCAAUUGGGCAUGAUCUUCAGCAUAGGAAAUGUCUUAGAAUUUUAUUAGUUUUUCCUAAAUUGUUAUGCUAUACUACUUGUAUAGCUAGUUACCACAUUUCUAAUGCAUAGUGUGCCUCUGUGAAUCUUGUUAUAUACUGUUUGGGCUUCUGUAAGAUAUUGAAGUUUGAAAAGCAAAUACUGAAACUUUAACCGAGAGACUGACACAUCUCUUUGUACACCAUAUUGCUUCUGUGUGCAUCAUAAUAACUGGUAGAUGUAAUAUAUUUCAAGUAAUAUGUUUCCAGUUUUAAUUUAUGAUUUCUAAGAAAUAAAAAUAUGCUUUCUGGGUCAAAAAAACUUAAAAGCAUGAAGCCCUUUUUAGUAACGUGACAUCAGAAUAAGAUUAUAGGUAUAUUUUUAAAAUCAGAAUUUCUAAACUAUAAUUGUUUUAGAACACUAUAUGAAGAACUUAUCUAGUCAUAGUUAUUUGUAGUCAGGAUUUUAACAGCUUGCAACAGGUAAUGUUUUGAAUAUAAAUAUCUUUCCAAAGUGUUACUAAUGUAAAGAGAUAAUUUUCUAGGCUUCUAUUCUGCUGCUUGAAGUCAGAACUGCUGAUGGAGACAAAGGCACGAAAGUGAGGGAAGACCCCUGAUCCUAAAAUGAAUGCUAGGACUUACAUGGAUGUAAUGCGAGAACAGCACUUGACUAAAGAAGAACGAGAAAUUAGGCAACAGCUAGCAGAAAAAGCUAAAGCUGGAGAACUAAAAGUCGUCAAUGGAGCGGCAGCAUCCCAGCCUCCGUCAAAACGAAAAAGGCGUUGGGAUCAAACAGCUGAUCAGACUCCUGGUGCCACUCCCAAAAAGCUAUCAAGUUGGGAUCAGGCAGAGACCCCGGGGCAUACUCCUUCCUUAAGAUGGGAUGAGACACCAGGUCGUGCAAAGGGAAGUGAGACUCCUGGAGCAACGCCAGGCUCAAAAAUAUGGGAUCCUACACCUAGCCACACACCAGCAGGAGCUGCUACUCCUGGACGAGGCGAUACACCAGGCCAUGCCACACCAGGCCAUGGAGGCGCAACUUCCAGUGCUCGUAAAAACAGAUGGGAUGAAACCCCCAAAACAGAGAGAGACACUCCUGGGCAUGGAAGUGGAUGGGCUGAGACUCCUCGAACAGAUCGAGGUGGAGAUUCUAUUGGUGAAACACCGACUCCUGGAGCCAGUAAAAGAAAAUCACGGUGGGAUGAAACACCAGCUAGUCAGAUGGGUGGAAGCACUCCAGUUCUGACCCCUGGAAAAACACCAAUUGGCACACCAGCCAUGAACAUGGCUACCCCUACUCCAGGUCACAUAAUGAGUAUGACUCCUGAACAGCUUCAGGCUUGGCGGUGGGAAAGAGAAAUUGAUGAGAGAAAUCGACCACUUUCUGAUGAAGAAUUAGAUGCUAUGUUCCCAGAAGGAUAUAAGGUACUUCCUCCUCCAGCUGGUUAUGUUCCUAUUCGAACUCCAGCUCGAAAGCUGACAGCUACUCCGACACCUUUGGGUGGUAUGACUGGUUUCCACAUGCAAACUGAAGAUCGAACUAUGAAAAGUGUUAAUGACCAGCCAUCUGGAAAUCUUCCAUUUUUAAAACCUGAUGAUAUUCAGUACUUUGAUAAACUACUGGUUGAUGUUGAUGAAUCUACACUUAGUCCAGAAGAGCAAAAAGAGAGAAAAAUAAUGAAGUUACUUUUAAAAAUUAAGAAUGGAACACCACCAAUGAGAAAGGCUGCGUUACGUCAGAUUACUGAUAAAGCUCGUGAAUUUGGAGCUGGUCCUUUGUUUAAUCAGAUUCUUCCUCUACUGAUGUCUCCUACACUUGAAGAUCAAGAGCGUCAUUUACUUGUGAAAGUUAUUGACAGGAUACUGUACAAACUUGAUGACUUGGUUCGUCCGUAUGUGCAUAAGAUCCUCGUGGUCAUUGAACCGCUAUUGAUUGAUGAAGAUUACUACGCUAGAGUGGAAGGCCGAGAGAUCAUUUCUAAUUUGGCAAAGGCUGCUGGUCUGGCUACUAUGAUCUCUACCAUGAGACCUGAUAUAGAUAACAUGGAUGAGUAUGUCCGUAACACAACAGCUCGAGCUUUUGCUGUUGUGGCCUCUGCCCUGGGCAUUCCUUCUUUAUUGCCCUUCUUAAAAGCUGUGUGCAAAAGCAAGAAGUCCUGGCAAGCGAGACACACUGGUAUUAAGAUUGUACAACAGAUAGCUAUUCUUAUGGGCUGUGCCAUCUUGCCACAUCUUAGAAGUUUAGUUGAAAUCAUUGAACAUGGUCUUGUGGAUGAGCAGCAGAAGGUUCGGACCAUCAGUGCUUUGGCCAUUGCUGCCUUGGCUGAAGCAGCAACUCCUUAUGGUAUCGAAUCUUUUGAUUCUGUCUUAAAGCCUUUAUGGAAGGGUAUCCGCCAACACAGAGGAAAGGGUUUAGCUGCUUUCUUAAAGGCUAUCGGGUAUCUUAUUCCUCUCAUGGAUGCAGAAUAUGCGAACUACUAUACUAGAGAAGUGAUGUUAAUUCUUAUUCGAGAAUUCCAGUCUCCUGAUGAGGAAAUGAAGAAAAUUGUUCUGAAGGUAGUAAAACAGUGUUGUGGGACAGAUGGUGUAGAAGCAAACUAUAUUAAAACAGAGAUUCUUCCUCCAUUUUUUAAACACUUCUGGCAGCACAGGAUGGCUUUAGAUAGAAGAAAUUACCGACAGUUAGUUGAUACUACUGUGGAGCUGGCAAACAAAGUAGGUGCAGCAGAAAUUAUAUCCAGGAUUGUGGAUGAUCUGAAGGAUGAAGCUGAACAGUACAGAAAAAUGGUGAUGGAGACAAUUGAGAAAAUUAUGGGCAAUUUGGGAGCAGCAGAUAUUGAUCAUAAACUUGAAGAACAACUGAUUGAUGGUAUUCUUUAUGCUUUCCAAGAACAAACUACAGAGGACUCAGUAAUGUUGAAUGGCUUUGGCACAGUGGUGAAUGCCCUUGGCAAACGAGUCAAACCAUACUUGCCUCAGAUCUGUGGUACAGUUUUGUGGCGUUUAAAUAACAAAUCUGCAAAAGUUAGGCAACAGGCAGCUGACUUGAUUUCUCGAACUGCUGUUGUUAUGAAGACUUGUCAAGAGGAAAAAUUGAUGGGACACUUGGGUGUUGUAUUGUAUGAGUAUUUGGGUGAAGAGUACCCUGAAGUAUUGGGCAGCAUUCUUGGAGCACUGAAGGCCAUUGUAAAUGUCAUAGGUAUGCAUAAGAUGACUCCACCAAUUAAAGAUCUGCUGCCUAGACUCACCCCCAUCUUAAAGAACAGACAUGAAAAAGUACAAGAGAAUUGUAUUGAUCUUGUUGGGCGUAUUGCUGACAGGGGAGCUGAAUAUGUAUCUGCAAGAGAAUGGAUGAGGAUUUGCUUUGAGCUUUUAGAGCUUUUAAAAGCCCACAAAAAAGCUAUUCGUAGAGCCACAGUCAACACAUUUGGUUAUAUUGCAAAGGCCAUUGGCCCUCAUGAUGUAUUGGCUACACUUCUAAACAACCUCAAAGUUCAAGAAAGGCAGAACAGAGUUUGUACCACUGUAGCAAUAGCUAUUGUUGCAGAAACGUGUUCACCCUUUACAGUACUCCCUGCCUUAAUGAAUGAAUACAGAGUUCCUGAACUGAAUGUUCAAAAUGGAGUGUUAAAAUCACUUUCCUUCUUGUUUGAAUAUAUUGGUGAAAUGGGAAAGGACUACAUUUAUGCUGUAACACCAUUACUUGAAGAUGCUUUAAUGGAUAGAGACCUUGUACACAGACAGACAGCUAGUGCGGUGGUACAGCACAUGUCACUUGGGGUUUAUGGAUUUGGUUGUGAAGAUUCACUGAAUCACUUGUUGAACUAUGUAUGGCCAAAUGUGUUUGAGACAUCUCCUCAUGUAAUUCAGGCAGUUAUGGGAGCCCUGGAGGGCCUGAGAGUUGCUAUUGGACCAUGUAGAAUGUUGCAAUAUUGUUUACAGGGUCUGUUUCACCCAGCCCGGAAAGUCAGAGAUGUAUAUUGGAAAAUUUACAACUCCAUCUACAUUGGUUCCCAAGACGCUCUCAUAGCACAUUACCCAAGAAUCUACAACGAUGAUAAGAACACCUAUAUUCGUUAUGAACUUGAUUAUAUCUUAUAAUUUUAUUGUUUAUUUUGUGUUUAAUGCACAGCUAUUUCACACCUUAAACUUGCUUCGAUUUGGUGAUGUAAACUUUUAAACAUUGCAGAUCAGUAUAGAGCUGGUCAUAGAGGAAGAGCUAGAAAUCCAGUAGCAUGAUUUUUAAAUAACCUGUCUUUGUUUUUGAUGUUAAACAGUAAAUGCCAGUAGUGACCAAGAACACAGUGAUUACAUACACUAUACUGGAGGGAUUUCAUUUUUAAUUCAUCUUUAUGAAGAUUUAGAACUCAUUCCUUGUGUUUAAAGGGAAUGUUUAAUUAAGAAAUAAACAUUUGUGUACAAAAUGCUAA